GAUUUAUUCCGUAUCCAGCAAUGACUGCUCCGCUGCGGACCCCUACACAGUACUCCGUACACUGCCCUUGCAUCGCUUAUCGCUUAUCGGUGAUCGAUUUUCUGUUCUUGCCGCAUCCGCCAUCUCAACCGCCCAUCUUCUUCAUAAAGACCUCGGUCGGUAGCAGAAUCCUGACGCCAUGACGAAGCUGUGGCUUCCCAGAGGCCUCAGUAGGCCGCUUCGGCGGCCAGUGCGCCGCAACGGAACGGGGAUUUCCAAGCGGAGGACUUUUGCAACAGUCGGAACCGAUUCGAGGCCGUUUGAUGUCGUCGUGAUUGGCGGUGGCCACGCCGGCUCCGAAGCAUGCGCCGCAGCAGCCCGCGCGGGCGCCCGAACCGCCCUCAUAACGCCCUCCAUUGACAACCUUGGCGUCUGCUCGUGCAACCCGAGCUUCGGUGGCAUCGGCAAGGGCACCAUCCUGCGCGAGAUCGACGCCCUGGACGGGCUGGCCGGACGCAUCAUCGACAAGGCGGGCGUGCAGUUCAGGGUGCUGAACCGGAGAAAGGGUCCGGCCGUAUGGGGGCCUCGCGCCCAGAUCGACCGGGCCCUCUACAAGAAGCACAUGCGCGAGGAGCUCGAGGCGUACCCGAACCUGUCCAUCGUCCUCGGCAGGGUAUCCGACAUUGUCAUCGCCGACAACCACGACGACCCGGCCGCCGACGGCGCCAAGAGCAAGAUCACGGGCGUGCGCCUCGAGUCGGGCGAGGUGCUGCCCACGAGCCAGGUCGUCAUCACCACCGGCACCUUCCUGGGCGGCGAGAUCCACAUCGGCCUCGAGGCCUACCCGUCCGGCCGCAUGGGCGAGCAGGCGACGUUCGGCCUGAGCAAGUCGCUCCGCGACGCCGGCUUCCAGCUCGGCCGCCUCAAGACGGGCACCCCCCCGCGCAUCGCCAAGGACAGCAUCGAGUGGGACAUACUCGAGGAGCAGCGCGGCGACGAACCGCCCGUGCCCUUCAGCUACCUCAACGACGCCGUCGCCGUCCAGGACCAGCUCCUCUGCUACGCGACCUACACCAGCCCGGCCACGCACGACAUUGUGCGCGCCAACCUGGACAAGACGAUCCACAUCCGUGAGACGGUCAAGGGGCCCCGCUACUGCCCCUCGCUCGAGUCCAAGGUGAUCCGCUUCGGCGACCGCGAGCGGCACAUCGUCUGGCUCGAGCCCGAGGGUUUCGACAACGACGUCAUCUACCCCAACGGGCUCAGCAUGACGGUGCCCGCCGACGCGCAGCUGCAGCUCCUCCGCACCAUCCGCGGCCUCGAGAAGGCCGAGAUGCUGCAGCCCGGCUACGGCGUCGAGUACGACUACGUCGACCCCCGCAGCCUCAAGCGCACGCUCGAGACCAAGGCGAUCCGCGGCCUCUACCUGGCCGGCCAGAUCAACGGCACCACGGGCUACGAGGAGGCCGCGGGCCAGGGCAUCAUCGCCGGCAUCAACGCCGGCCGCGCCGCCCGCUCGCUGCCGGGCGUCUCCCUCUCGCGCGCCGACGGCUACAUCGGCGUCAUGAUCGACGACCUCGUCACCAAGGGCGUCUCGGAGCCCUACCGCAUGUUCACCUCGCGCUCCGAGUUCCGCCUCAGCGCCCGCGCCGACAACGCCGACUCCCGCCUGACCCCGCUCGGCCGCGAGUGGGGGGUCGUCUCGGACGCCCGCUGGCGCCGCUUCCGCGACGACGCCCAGCGCCGCGCCGACCUCCGCCGCAUCCUGCGCGACACCGUCCUGAGCGCCGAGGCCUGGCGCCGCCUCGGCGUCCCCGUCCUGACAAACGAGUCCGACGGCGGCGGCGGCAAGCGCCGCGACGGCUGCGAGGUGCUCCGCCUGCCGGGGGUGCUUCCCGAGCACCUGACGUCGCGCAUCCCCGGGGUGAACGACGCCGAGUUCCCCGCGCGCGUGCGCGAGCGCGUGGCCAUCGAGGUCGUCUACGAGCCCUACGUGCGCAUGCAGGCCGCCGAGGCCGCCCGCCUGCGCCGCGACGAGGACCUCCGCCUCCCGGGCGACCUCGACUACUCCGCCAUCUUCGGCCUCUCCAUCGUCGAGAAGGCCGCCCUCUCCCGCGCCCGCCCCGAGACCAUCGCGCAGGCCCGCCGCAUCGAGGGCGUCACCCCCGCCGGGCUCGUCAAGCUGCUCGGCCACGUCAGGCGCUCGCAGAGGCGAGGGCCGACGCCGCCGCCGCCGCCGCCGCGGAGCGAGCAGCAGCAGCAGCAGCAGCAGCGGGAGGGGGCAGGGGCAGCAGCACCGGCAGCGGCAUUGGAAGGGUUGGAUCUCACCGGGGCGGAGGACCUGGAGACGCUGGAUGCCAAGAGCAGGGUUGCCGACCUGUGAAGCCGGCGCUGAGCAUGGUGAACCGGGGCGGUACAUGGGGGUUGGUUGUCUUGUCACGAUAAGAGAUGAUGUUGAUGAUGAUUUUGUGUUUGUGUAUAAAAAAAAUAAUUAGCGCUGCGGAGAUUGUUUUUUUUUUUUGGGAGGUUUAGAUAGAUACAUUGUUUUUUUG